CUAUCAAGCCCGCCUCUGCGGGCCGUGUGCAUAAUGGAGACGUACAGCUAAGGUUCCUAUUACGAAGAUGUGCAAGAUAGGAACUGUUUGAGUUUCGCUUAAAUUUUGUGUUUUAAAUUUAUCAAGUUUCUCGGCGUAUCAAUAUCCUUAAACAAUAUAACCUUUCUAAUUUUCCAUGUUCGGGUGCGAAUUCUUUGAAAUUACAUGAUCACUGAACACUCGAAGGGUAACAUUACCCAAAACUGCACGUAAUUUAAGGUCAUGUCCGCAAAUUGCCCCUUUAAUAUUCCAGCCGUCAAAUUUUCACCAGAAUUCAAUAGACAGAUGUUUAAAUAAUUUUUAGACUUAAUUAAAAUCUACAUUAAUAUUUCUCACAGUAAUAUUCAUGACCUGGUGCAAGAUAAUUUAAGUACAUUAAUCUAAAUUUGUAGUAGGGACCACGUCUGGGAUUAACUGUAUUAAUACUUCGCCUUGUAAAUAAAAAGUAAAAUGGCGUUCCGUUGCAUUAAAGGCAACCAAAAUUAUUCUGCAUCAAUUCUGCAAAAAACAUAAAUACGUCUUGAGCAUCGAAUAUAUUUCCUAAAAUAACACUCAAAUAAUUAUGCAUAAUUAGAAUAUCAUAUUUAAGCUACACUAUAAUUAUCACAUUAUCACAUAAAGCAUGUGAGACACCGCCGUAUGGUUGAGCAUUGGACGCACAAUAAAAAGGAACUGAGAAUCUUGAGGACCAAUAACAAAAUGGUGAGCUGCUUACCGCGCGAAAUGUUUGUAAACAUUGCUUGUUGGAUCAGCAGACAAAAUUGUCAGUCUCCCGAAAUUCAUUAGAAACAAUGGGUUCCGUUUGCUUGCUGGAUCAGCAGACAAAAUUGUCAGUCUCCCAAAUUUCCUUACAAACGAUGGGUCCUGUUUGCUUGCUAACUUACAUAUCAUGCCACACCUCACGAAGAGAGCCGUCAGCGAUUCCCCACUCCCACUUGGAUCGGAGCACCCGAGCAGUACAGAGCUCUCUCGAUUUUAAGAUUAAAAUUGCUCAGGAAGUUGUACAUUUAAUUACAAAAUUAAACGAAAAUGAACUCUCCUUCUUCUUCAAUUGGAUCUUGUUCGUCGACAACUUCAAAGACGCUUUGCUUAAUUUGCGAUGAAUUGCCUGCAAUGUACACCAUCGCAGCGAACAAUAAUGCUGGGGAUGGAACAAAACCAUGUGGCCAUCAUUAUUGCGUGCAGUGUUUGAUUAAACACGUGAGUUCAUCAGCGAGCGGGGAUCAGUUCUCGCCCACCCAUCAACCUAGAUGUCCGUUUUGUGUGCGGGAUAUUUGUGGCUUCUUGCCGCUGGAUUCCGCCAAUUCCUCAUUGCAACUUGUUCGUCAAAAGGAUUUCGACGGUACCAUUGGAGAGAUUACAAAUCCGUACACGGAUGGGAACGGUUUAUCAAGGUGCAAAGAAAUAUUUCUCUUAACUUUGCGGUCAAGUCCAGUUUACUUGACCUACUUGAGCAUCCUUCGCAUGGAAGAACAAAUCCCUCCAGUAAUCCCGUUCGAGAAAAUGUCCCCCGUUCAUGCGGAACCCAGCUGCCCACCUCAUCGAUAUACUUGCGUGGAAUGUGAUCUUCAUUUCCUGACUGUUCAGGGAAUUGUCAGACAUGAAGCACGAAAUCAUUAG